AAGAAAAUUAAAGAAAUGAUCACCACGAUUUUAUUGGUAGUACUUCUUGCGAUCUGUUUGCAAUACUACCUGUUGCAUUUCGGAAAAUAUGGAAGGAUAAUUAACUCGAUACCUGGCCCACCGGCUGUGCCCAUUUUUGGAAACCUUCUACAUUUUCACGUUUCACCACCUGAGAUGUGGGAACGAUUAAGGAAACUGAACAAGCAAUAUUAUCCGAUAUUCAAACUCUGGACUGUUUGGGAAGCUUAUGUAAAUAUCCGCCAUCCGGACGAUAUCGAGAGAGUCAUAGGAAAACCUAAAUUCACUCAAAAGAGUAAUAUGUAUGACCUAACGGUACCAUGGUUCAACACCGGAAUUUUUACCAGUACAGGUCGCAAGUGGAAAACACGCAGGAAAUUACUAACACCUGCUUUUCAUUUCAAUAUGCUCCGGGAAUUUUCCGAAGUUUUCAUCCAGGAAGGGGAACGGUUGAUCAAGAAACUAAAGAGCGAAGGAGGGCCUGUUGUUAAAGAUCUGAAGAUCUUGAUGAGCGAGUACACUUUAAAUAUUAUUUGUGAAACUGCAAUGGGAACGUCCCUUGCUGAUAAAGGAAAAUUUCAAUUCAAAUAUCUCAAAGCCGUGCACGAUGUGGUGGAAACUAUGGUGUAUAGAUUACUAAGACCAUGGUUGUACAUCGACUUUGUCUUCUUCCUUACUCCUGUAGGGAUGCUACAGUCUAGACUACUAAAAAUAUUACAUGGCUUUACGAAACAGAUCAUUAAAGAACGGAAGGAAUACCACGAUAAGACCAAUCAUCGCUAUUUGGCUGAUUUGGACGGCAAUGCUAACAAAGAAACUGAUGAUGUGACAUGCGGCAUUCGCAGAAAGAGGCUUGUCUUUCUCGAUUUACUCUUAUCGGCUCAUCGACACAAUCUAAUAGACGACGAAGGCAUUAGAGAAGAAGUCGACACGUUUCUGUUUGGGGGACACGAUACAACGGCAGUAGCCCUUUGUUAUACUAUAAUGCUUUUGGCUGAACACCCACAGAUUCAGGAUCGAGCCAGGACUGAAGUGAAAAAGAUAAUGGAAGCGAGCAACGGAAAGCUAGCUAUGUCCGACCUUCAAAAAUUACCGUAUCUCGAAAUGUGCAUCAAGGAGUCGCUAAGACUUUAUCCAGUCGCGCCUUUCUUGUCUCGUUCUCUAGAAGAGGCCGUAACGUUAAGUAAUUAUCUAAUACCUGCCCACACCAUAGUGAACGUGCACCUAUACGAUACUCACAGAGAUCCGAAGUUUUGGCCCAAUCCGGACGUCUUCGACCCGGAACGGUUCACACCUGAGAAUUCUCAUGGACGACACCCGUACUCGUAUAUACCUUUCAGCGCCGGUCCAAGGAAUUGUAUCGGGCAAAAAUUCGCCAUGCUGGAACUGAAAGCAACCCUGGCGUAUCUCUUGUUUAAUUUCGCUUUCGAGCCUGUAGACUAUCUUAAAGACGUCACUUUUGUACUAGAUCUUGUCAUACAAUCGACACAUGCUCUUCGAACUAAGUUCGUUCCGCUCUAAUUUGUCGGUUGAUAAACGUCAAGACAUGAUCACUAGUUGGUAUAGAAUGCGCAUUUGGUUGACUCGUUUUAUUUGUACGGAACACGAUAGAAGGGGCGAGUAAGUUGACGAUCACUUUUAAUAGAUGAAGUCUAGUUUACUCCUCACGCCUUACCAUUGCGAAGUAAGGACCUUUCGAGACGUUUUUGUUUUUUUGCGCGGAGUUAGAAGCGUGCAAAGGGGCGUGAUGUGUGGCGCAGCGCAAACGUGCGAUGUAUUUGCCAAUUCACAUUAUCUUUUCAUUUACGUACUUCUACAGUUUAUAAGCAUACUCAUUCAAAAAUAAUAUUAAUAAAUUUAAAGUUAAUCUAGUAUUAAGUUAGAUUCAUUCCCUAACCACUCCUAUAAUAGAUGAAACACGAAAACAAUGUACAGAUACAGAAUUUACAUUCUCAGCCGACGGAAGUCUGCUAGAUAAAAUGUUAAUCGUUUUGUAAAAAAUGAAUUAAAAAUGAAAACUAAAAUAAAGAAUUUUUGUUUCGCUAAUUAAAACUAUGAAACAUGUAUGUGUAAAUAGGCUUGUAAGUUAUAUGCGCAACCAAGUUCUCUAAUUGAGCAAAACUUAUGUAUGUCUUUUAUUUUUUAAGAUAUCACUAUUCCAAGCCA